UAAUUAGUAAUGACAUAAAAAAAACCAAAACAUCAUUUUAUCUUAAUCGCAAACUUAACGCCGGUCAAUUACCUUAAGCAAUUAACCUAAGUAUGUUUCGGCAAUGUAAAUAUAAACAGCAUUAGGGCAACUAAUCCAAGCAACAAUUGCAUAACCAACCUAAUGACCUAAACUCAAAGAUUACAAUGUGUCGAAAAAAAAUAGAGGCGCGUACCAAUCGGACGUAGGCAGGUGAUCAGAGACCUCCCUCCAUCGCGGGCCCGCCUCGAGGCUCCGGCUCGGCCGUCAGACGUGACCGUGCGACGACCGGCCGCGCUCAUGCUCUCUCCCGCCCCUUAAAAUGAAGUGUUUGUGGUUAUUUGUGCUCACAGUUCUGUGUAUACGGUGCGACGCCGCUGGCAAGCCUCGGAGAGGACGCGGCAGCAUGUGGUGGGGUAUCGCCAAAGCGGGGGAGCCAAAUAAUUUGUCGCCUAUAUCUCCGGGCGUGUUGUACAUGGACCCCGCAGUACACGCCACGUUGAGGAGGAAACAGCGGCGGCUGGCGCGGGAGAACCCCGGGGUUCUCGCCGCAGUCGCAAAAGGAGCCAGCAUGGCUGUCGCAGAGUGCCAGCACCAGUUCAAAUAUAGAAGAUGGAACUGUUCAACGAGAAAUUUUCUAAGAGGAAAGAAUUUAUUCGGCAAAAUUGUAGACAAAGGUUGCCGAGAAACAGCGUUCAUAUACGCGAUAACAAGCGCAGGAGUAGCGCACGCAGUGUCGCGGGCGUGCGCGGAGGGCGCCAUCGAGUCCUGCACGUGCGACUACUCGCACGUCGAUCGUCAGCCGCACCGCAGCCGCUCCGCCGCCGCCGCCAACGUGCGCGUCUGGAAGUGGGGCGGCUGCAGCGACAACAUCGGCUUCGGCUUUCGCUUCAGCCGCGAAUUCGUAGACACCGGCGAGCGCGGCAAAACGCUCCGAGAAAAAAUGAACCUACACAACAACGAAGCCGGCCGAGCGCACGUGCAAACGGAGAUGCGGCAAGAAUGCAAGUGCCACGGCAUGUCGGGAUCCUGCACUGUGAAGACGUGUUGGAUGCGGCUGCCGAGCUUUCGGUCGGUGGGCGACGCGCUUAAGGACCGGUUCGAUGGCGCAUCGCGCGUCAUGAUGCAUAACGCGGAGGAGGCGCCCGUGCAGCGCAACGACGCCGCGCCGCACCGCGUGCCGCGACGAAACCGGUACGGCUUCCAACUGCGGCCGCACAACCCUGACCACAAGUCGCCGGGCGUCAAAGACCUAGUAUACUUAGAAGCCUCGCCGGGAUUCUGCGAAAAGAACCCGCGGCUAGGCAUCCCCGGCACGCACGGGCGUACCUGCAACGAGACGAGCAUAGGCGUCGACGGCUGUGACCUCAUGUGCUGCGGCCGCGGCUUCAAGACUGUAGAGAUGACAGUCGUGGAGCGGUGUAACUGCACGUUCCACUGGUGUUGUGAGGUCAAAUGCAAGGUCUGUCAUACCCAGAAGAAGGUCCACACGUGCUUAUAGGCGUCAGACGUCGGACUGUGUACCAGUUACACUUGUGAUUAGAAAUUCUGGUGGUUGUGACUCGGACUCGAGAGUGGACCCGUUUAAAGUGCUCCGAGGCAGAUAACGGACCGUGUAUAUAAUCGCUUCACUUUUUCUUCUAUCGGAGUCGACGAAAUCGUAAUUCAUGUUGACUUAUGUAAAUAGUUCUAUAUCACUCUUUAUUUCUUCUUUUUUACGCGUAUAAUUGAUCCGGCGUGAAAUUAAAAUAAGCGAUAUACUGUGUAGUAAUCUCGGCCCACUCACCCGGUUAAUUUAUUUGGCUAUUAAGUGCGAACAUGUGAUCUAGUAACGUUAUUUUUUGUGAACACUGUCAUUCGGAAACUAAUGAGACCAGUUUAAUGACGAUUUGUUUCUGUCAGCCUGUCAUCCCUGGUACAAUCGGAAUUGGUUUUAUUGGUUUCCUUAUGCAGUCAGGUGUAUAAUUUAUUUAUUUUAGAUAUGAUACCUAUACGUAUUAUUUCCGUUUGACUGCGCUCCGACUGGAGACACCUACGCUACGCUUAUUCUGACUUUAAUUGAUAUUUCUUAAUAUCAUUUCAAAGUUGUGUAUACUAGAUAGAUUUUGUUUUUGCGGAUAGUUAUACUUGGAUAUAACAAUUGCAAUAAUUAUAUCGGGUUAAUUAGUUAUAUUAAUGCAUCCUACAGUGCAAGCACGUAUAACUGUUACAUCAAAAGCGAAAUUAUCUUAUAAGUAUAAUUUUCAUAUUAUAAUUAGGCUUGUUAUUGGAAUUUGUGUCUUAUUCCGAAGGCAUAGGGUGUCUUCGCGGACGCUGGGAGCCUGUUAUCAGCCCGCAAGUAGUCGUCGUAAAAGUGUCCCACAUUACGAGAUAAACGCUCUCGAGAAUUUUAAUUAAAUAUUAAACGAAUUAAAUAAUCAGUAUUAUACGUAUAAUAUUGUAUGCGUGCUGCGUCCGAUAGUCCGAGAUAAUAUGCACGCGAGCUUGACACAUUUUGUAAAUUUUAUACAUUAUGCUCGUCCAUUUACGCUGUCCUUAAUAUAUGUCCUCAUGUAAAAGCAUGUGUGUUACUUUUAGUAACUUUAUAUUGUACCGGUUUUACGGAUUUUAGUAGAAGUAUCUACAAAACGAUUGAUUGAUGCAUGCGAUAUACAAAUUGAUGUUUUUUAACUGAUAAUUUUAACAGACCACCGUUGAUAUGAUUCCACUGAUAAAUAAUAUUAUGACAGAUUGAAGGAUACCCGAUGUAUCCAUUGAGUUUGGGGUGUUUUUGUAGUUGAUGGUAAAUUAAAUUUGCUGUCGUACAAUUGCCAAGAGUACUGUCGCUUUAAAGACUGGUGCUAAACCAGACGCGUUUGUAGCACGCCUUCAGCUCCCUACGUACGAGUAGAGACGCGCCUACUAACGUCAGUUGUAAUGUAUGGAAUUAUAUGUCAACUGUUACAUUCUUCCAGAUAAUACAAUCAGCGUGUGCAAACGCGUAUUUACGCAGUAAUCUUAAUCCUUACUGCAUUACGUAUCCGGCAUGGAUCGGCCUUGAAGUGCUUUCGGCGUGACGUUUCCAUUCUCAGUGGAUAUAAGGCAAUACUCAAUGUCCUAAUAACCGUACUAAACCUGACUGUCUAAAUUCGAUAGUUUGCCUCAAAGGGAUUUAUUAUGAAAAUAUAUCGUACGUGAUAUGUGAUAUAAAAUAGUUAGCCAGUAAGUAAUAGGUAGCCCCGCUGAGCCUUCGUGUAAGGACAUAAUGGCAAACAUAUUGUCAUAGGUUUCUUUUUAAUAUUUAUUGAAAACUUGUUUUUAUUGUGCAUGAAUUUACUUUAAAAUGUUGCUUUAAAGUAAAUGAAUGAUUAGAUGAAUCGGGAUAAAGAAAACCUUUCCAUUUUUGUGUAGUUUUCUCACAUUUUAUAAUGAGUCUGUUUAAUAAAACCCUUAUUAUUUCACCUGACAAUAACAAUUCGUCAUUGAUAUGUUUUUUGGGUCUAUAAGUAUACAGGAUACAGGAUGUAACAAAAAUAAUAGAGAUCCGUUUAAGGGCAUAUUCGGUAUUAUUUUCUGAUUAGGAAAAAGUAAAAGAACAUUUUUUUGACGGGUAUAUUUUUUAUUCUAAGGGGCAGGUCGUCCAAGUCGGCCAACUCUCCAUACAAAGGCCAAAAACUUUUUGCGUCAAAAAAAUUCUGCUUUUUCCUAAUCAGAACACGAUACCGAAUAUGCCCUUAAACGGAUCCCCACUAUUUUAGUUACACCUAUAUGUAAGGAAACAAGCGACCAUCUUCACUGACCCAAAAAUACAUAUCAGGCAAGUUUUCAUAGCCAGUUUUCACAUGGUCGAUCAUUUCUUGCUUUUCACCGGAUGAGGGCAAGACAUACUCGUUAUUAGUUACUUACUUAAAAGACAUAUUUUACAGGUUACAUCACUAAAUGUAAAGAUAUUCAUUAUAAAGAUUCAUCUAUACUAGCUUAAGGAUUCCUAAUCAAACGUAAAUUAUUAAUUUCCGAUUUGCAAACAUGUUUUGCGUUCAAAAUUAGAUGAUUUCGGUGUUAUAUGUGCUGAUUUUAAAGCUAACCAGUGGCAAUGUAAGUUGUAAUUGUGUACGAGAGCCGAGUGGUAACCACGAGGACAUAAAAAGACUGAAGUAUUUUAUAAUUUCGUAGUUUUAAUAUCCAUGACGGAUUUGUAAAGCCAUUGUUUUGAAUUUUAACAUGAAAUCUAUUGUGAUAAAAGUAUUUUAACCUUAAUUUAAAACAACCAGUAACCACAGAUCAAAUUAGAUUGGUGCCAUUUUAAAUAUUUUUCUUUUUAUUUUUGACAGUUUUAUCAGUUUUUAAAGUCACUCUUAAUAAAAUGCAGUUUUUUAAAUUAAUUUUACGCAUGUAAAUAAACUCUUAUUUGAUAUUUUAAGUUAUUUAUGAGAAAGUAGAAAUUUUAAUUGUAAAUCUUAGGUAAAACACAAUUGAAAUCAGCUGAACUAAUCUGAAUCUCACUAUUGUUGUAUAGAUGAAUGUACCUUUUGAAAUUAUAUUUCGUCCAAUGGCCACUUUUGGGGUUGACACAUUUUAUUAUAGUAUUGGUUGUACAUUAGCAGUAUCUAUUUAUAAUUAAAAUAUUGAUUAGUUGUUACUAAAAAUACAAAAUCAAUCAAAAAAAA